AUGAGCCUUUGCGGCCUUUCAUUAAUGCUCGAGAAGAGCACAAUCACCACAUGGACAGGGAGGGAAGGGAAGGGAGCGAGGGCGGUCAGGCGCGACCUCACCCCAGGCUUCCCUUCUCUUGAGGUCCAACUUCACUUCAGAACGACAUCGGAGAAAAUGCUGCUGACUUUCCAGAUCCGAGGCCUUUUAUAUUCGUGCACGCCGCUGUCCGCUUUCGAUAGAGACGGAGAGAGAGAGAGAGAGAGAGUGGUGGUGCUACUACUGCCCUCCUACUCCGCUGUCCAGACUCCACAGCACAGACGUGAGCUGAGGCCGUCGAGGCCUCCGUCGUCGUCGUCGUCCACCACCUUCGUCCUGUCCAACAUCUCAAGCGCAGCAUCGAUCGUCGUAGUAGGCUGGCGAGCAAGAGAAUAUUUGCCAGCCUGUCCUGUCCUGUCAUCUGUAGCUUCCAACGAUUGCACUUUUCUGACCUUCGCUGCUCUUAAUGCCCCCCCAUUACUCCCUCCAUUCUCCCUUCCUUCUCCAAUCUUUGCACCUUCCCCCCAUCCCUCCCCCCCACACACUCUCUCUCUUUCUCCCUCUCUCGUACCGGGUCCUGGGCUCCCUCGUACGCGUCUUCCAUAUGAAGCCCGCCGCGCCACGCAGAGGCUUAAACCUCAAACCCCUCGCUGCCGGUCCACCACCGGCCAGAGCGCGGGCGUCCCGGUGGGCCGGUCAUCCGAGGAGAGGACCGAGACAUACGGUGGUGGAUCGUAUGGAGGACGACGGGAAGGGACGGGGCGGGACCUUGUCGUAUAA